AUGAAGACUGCAAAAUCGUUCAACGAUGCUCGUAUUUUUAAAAAGAACAAGAUCAAAUCAUCUAUAUCGUACCUGCUGAUCUACACGCAGCAAUACUCAUUCGCUGGUACACUGAGUGACAAGUGUGUGCUAUCAGCCGCGCCACAUCUGGUGGAACAACACGUCUCUGAAGACGGCGAAAAAGCCGAAACGUCAGGCAAAUAA